UUCACCCCCUCUACAUUUAUGCCAAGUUUCAUUAAAAUCAGAAUUUACGGGUUCGCAAGGUUUCCUUGUUAGUCGCGAAACUAAAAGAAGAAUCUUAAAUAGAUUAGAAAAUUCAAUGAAUAUGUCUGCAAGUUUAGAAUUUUUUCGUAAACCAAGGUCAUUGAAAGAUUACAAUAAUUACUUAAAAUAUUACAAAGCAACCGAAUUUAGACAAUUGCUUUUAUAUACAGGAUCUAUAGUUUUACAAGGACUCUUAGAUAAUGAUAUCUAUUUAAAUUUUUUAGUUUUACAUGUAGCUUUAAGAAUUUGGUGCAUGGAAAAUACCAGCGAAGAAAUAAUUAUUUAUGCUGAUAAAUUGUUAAAAAAUUUUAAUGAAACAUUUACUAUAUUAUACGGCGAAGAAAAUGUGUCUUUUAAUGUUUAUGCUCUUUUACAUUUAGCGAAUGAUGUUCGUAAACAUGGACCACUUGAUUCUUUCUCAGUUUUUCGUUUUGAAAAUAUUCUUCAAAAAAUUACAAGUUUAAUACGUAAACCUCAACAAAUAUUAUCUCAAUUACAUCGCCGAUAUACGGAAAUGUACAAUAUAGAUAUCAGCAAAAAAUAUGUUAGACAAAAUGAGUUUACCACUUUGCAAAAGUCCCUUCAUGAAAACGGUCCUCUUUUACUCAAUUGUAGCGACCCACAAUACAGCAGAAUUGUAGGAUUUGAUUUUAUCUUAACAGCUGACAAUAAAAGAGACAAUUGUUUUUUGACUCAUGGCGGAACUAUAGUUAUACUUACAAAUAUUGCUUUUAAUAGAAGAACUAAUUCUUUAGUCAUAAUAGGACAAUAUUUUACUGUCAUUGAAGAUUUGUAUACUCUCCCUUGCAAAUCACAACUUGUUGGGAUUUAUCUUGUAUCCAAACUUUCUGAUCUCAGGCAAUGGCUUUUUAAGGAUACUAUUAGAAAUAAAUGUUUUAGAGUACCGUGGAAGAAAAACAAAAAUGUCGCUAUAUCUCUAUUACAUUCUAAUAAAUAAAAACUUCAAGAAACAAUAAAAUAUGGAAAAAAUAUUCAACUUUUGUGGUAUGUUAUAUACAGUAUAUGUUUUGCGUUUGUUGAAAAAUAUUGAUUCACAUAUAUUUACUUUUGUAGUAUUGUAUAUAUGUUUUUUUCUUGUAAAUUUGUUAAAAAAUAUUAAUUUAUAUAUUCAUUUUUUUCCAGUUUAUUAUAUUGACAGAAAAUUUAUUAACGAUGGACAAAGGAUUAUUUUAUGUAAUCGAAUUUUAUGAUGGAAUCCAGAUCAUUCCAGAUAAGUAGGUUAUUGAAAAUGAAAUGCUAGCAUAUUGGCCGAAAGUAAAAGCAGAUAAAGAUUUUGACACUAUCGUUUAUACAAGGAGUUCUAUAAAAGAUGAUUGGACAUUAGAACCAAUAAAAACAAUUCUAUAUAAAACAGAUUCAUUUUCAAAGGCCAAAGUUAAAUUAAAGAUAGCGGAAUAUCAGAGCGAUAUUGAGUCGCCAUAUAAUACAGAUAAGAAAAAGAAACGGAGGAGAGAUAAUGCUAAAGUACAAUUGAGUGAUAACAGCAAUAGUGAAGAAGAAAUUCUUGAAAAAAGAAGACAAAACUAAACCUAAAAAAACGAAUUUACCGCCACUUCCUGAAGUGCCAGCUGCUGGUACUGUCAAGACUGCACUAUGAAUGUUUUGAAAUAUAUUAUUCUAUAUAUCUUUGUUAUGUAUUGUAUUUUAUAUAUAUAUGUUCUAUAUACAUUUGAUAAGGACAAAAAUGUUUCGAAGCAUUUAUAGUGCAGUAGCAUAUGUCUUGUUGUAGCCAUAAAGCUAUAUAAUAUAAUCAAAUAACUCUUUUUGUUUAGCUUUAGCUAGCACGCAGAGUAAAACUUAUAUAUCGGACAACUCUUCUUCAGUUGCCUCAACUAGUAUGCAGAGUAAAAUUACUUAUAUACAUAUAUCGGACAACUCUUUUUCAGUUGCCUCAACUAGCAUGCAAAGUAAAACGUAUACAUAUAUCGGACAACAGUU